AUGAAAGACUCUCACAUAGUAGAGUCAAGUAGGUAUGCCAGUAGCUUUGCACUGCACCUCUUUUUGUUGUCGUCACUGUUCUUCGAUUUGGUCACUUGUGGUUCAAUUAAUGUUCCAGAUACAGUGCUCCUAAAUUGUGGUUCUAAUGAAGCAUCACAAUUCAAUGGAGAAAAUUGGAUAGGAGAUGUUGGAUCUAAUUUCUUGCCACCAGAGUAUGAAAAGAGUUCAUCUCCACUCUUGAUCUCGAACAUACACUCUGGAGAACCAAAAGUUCCAUACUCAACAGCAAGAAUAACCUACUCUCCAUUGACCUACUCGUUCCCUUCCUCCCCUGGCCUUAAAUUCGUUCGAGUUUACUUUCUCUCAUCUUUAUAUCUGAUGAUGAACCCCUCCAAGGCUUAUUUCUCAGUAAAAGCAGGCCCAUACACUCUUCUAAGUGAUUUUAAUCCUUCUGUUUUUGCAGAAGAGCUUAACUUGGUGUCUUUCACCAAGGAUUUCUUAGUCAAUGUUAGGGAAGACAAACUGAACAUUACAUUUACUCCAUCUCCUUUAAUUUCCAAUGCAUUUGCCUUUGUAAAUGGCAUUGAGACAUUCCCAGUGCCCCACACUAUAUACUUUCCAGGUUCCAAGAUUCCUGUUCCGUAUAUUGGGCAACAAAAACCUUUGUUUAUUAAUGGUGAAUAUGCUCUUGAGACGCUUUACCGUGUUAGCAUUGAUAGUGACCUCACUGAUGUUAAAAAUGCUUUUGGAUUAUGGUUAGAUGAUGAUAGAUACAUAUCCAGUUCACAAUAUGGAAGUGUCCUCGAUAUAAAGUCUCGUACUGUUUCCUUGAAUUACACCAUCUUAUCUUCAAAGGAUUACAAUUAUUCAGCACCAGCAGAGCUAUAUUUGACUGCCAGGACCAUGGAUAGUAAUGGAGAUGCUAACAUCAAGUACAACUUAACAUGGUUUUUCCCUGUUGAUUCAGGAUUCAAAUACCUUGUUAGGCUUCAUUUCUGUGAGAUAUCUAUGAUGGUGACGCAGCCCAAUCAAAGGGUGUUCAAGGUGUACAUAAACAACCAAACAGCUGAGGAGAGGAUGGACGUAGUUGCGUUAGCUGGUGCACCACUUACUCCUGUACACAAGGACUACGUUGCUAUGGUUCCUAACGAAAGUGGGAGAAGGAAUUAUUUGUCGAUCUCACUUCACCCUAACAUGGAGCCAAAACCAAAAUAUGCUGAUGCCAUACUGAAUGGAAUUGAGAUCAUGAAGAUAAGUGAUAGCGAUGGUAGUCUUGCAGCAAUGUUCCAAUUCAGACGGGAACAAAGAAAUAAGAAAUUUCAACAUGUCAUUAUUGUGGCUGGUGCUACCUUAGGUGCCAUUUUGGGACUGCUCUUAACAUCUUUUAUUCUUAUCAGCAGAGCACGGAAAAAAUUGAAGUGGAGAACUUCUCAUAUACUCCCAUCAAAUUCUAGUAGUAGUCACAAAAACAUUCAACCAACAGUAACCUCAGGUCUUUGCCAUCAAUUCACAUUUGCAGAAAUCAGCAUAGCAACAAGCAACUUCAGUGAAGCUCUUGUCAUUGGGGAGGGAGGCUUCGGAAAGGUGUACAAAGGCAUCAUGCAACAUGAUGGAUAUACUCCUGUUGCAGUAAAGCGCUCUAAUCGUAGUUCUCGCCAAGGAUAUAAAGAGUUUCAAAAUGAGAUCAAUAUUUUUUCAUUUUGUCACAUGAAUUUAGUUUCACUGUUGGGAUACUGCCAAGAAGCAAAUGAACUGAUACUUGUCUAUGAAUACAUGACUCAAGGCCCUCUGUGUGACCAUUUGUACAAGAAACAAAAACAGCCACUGUCUUGGAUUCAAAGACUAAGGAUUUGUGUUGGUGCAGCUCGAGGAAUUCACUAUCUCCACACUGGCACGACCCACCCAGUGAUACAUCGUGAUAUCAAGUCAGCCAACAUAUUAUUGGAUCAGAAUUGGGUUGCCAAGAUUGCAGAUUUUGGGUUGUGUAGAACGGUUCCCUCACUUUGCCACUCACAUGUUAGCACUGAGGUUAAGGGCACUUAUGGGUAUUUAGAUCCUGAGUACUAUAAGAGAAGAAAGUUGACUGAAAAAUCUGAUGUGUAUUCAUUCGGAGUGGUUUUGUUUGAGGUGUUGUGUGGAAGACCAGCUGUGAAUCCCGUGGCAGUGGAAGAGGAAAAUGAGAAAGUUGGGUUGGCCACCUGGGCCAUGCACUGUUACCAGUGUGGAACCGUUGAUAAAUUAGUUGAUCCUCAUUUAGAAGGGAAUGUUAGGGCAGAAUGCCUGAGAGAUUUUGUGGACAUAGGCAUCCAGUGCUUAGCUAAUAGAAGUGCAGAUAGGCCAACUAUGGGGGAGGUGCUGAGUUCGUUGGAGAAGAUUCUUUGCUUGCAGGAAUUUUUUUUGAAAGGCAACUAG